AUGCCCGUUUCUUUCAAAACCAAAGGCGGAAGCAAAGUUCCCCUUGGAUGCGCAUUGACUCGUGAUAUCAAGACUCAUCUUGCUCUCCGGUACGUAGCAGGAUUCUUUGGAGCUCCAACUGUCACAAAUGCGGGAGGCUCUAUCACAGACAUGUGGCACCCAUCCGAGCGUUCGGUUCCUUGGGCCAUUUUUUCAGCUGCAAGCUUUCUAACAGUGAUUAUUGGCCCAAUUAUUGGAGGUGUUAUAGUUAAUUAUUUAUCCUGGCAAUGGACAUAUUGGACAUCGAUGAUUUUGGGUGGCGUUGUUUAUAUUGCUGCCAUCUUCUUUCUACCUGAGACAUAUCGCACAAAACUGCUGAAAACAAAAGCAGCCCGUCAGGGCCUCGUCGUUCAGAAUAUUGACUUGGCGAGCCGGUACCACGUUUUUGCAUACCUCACUGAUUGUUAUGGCGAAUACUCGGCAAGUGCUAUAGCUGCCAGUGGUGUGCUUCUCCGUUUAUUUGGUGCCGCUUUCCCUCUCUUUGCGAGCAGCUUAUAUGGAACGCUUGGUAUUGGGUGGGGUACAAGUCUACUCGGUUUUAUUGCGACGGGUUUGGCACCCCUGCCAUGGUUCUUUUAUCGAUACGGUCCAAUCUUGCGAAAGAAAAGUGAUAAUCACCCAUAUAAGGCUUUUGACAUUUCACCUGAGAUGAUUACAGCAUGGCGGUUAUUGGAUGGAGUCAAUCACUUCCUUAUUAUACUAUUAUACUACGAUACUACUAAUCCCUAUAUACUAUAUAGUAACAGUGACUUCCCACAGAAGAACGCACAGUUGACGCUCAACCGGGUUACGCUCUUCUUGCUGCGAUGGUUAUGCUCUAGGAGAUUCGCACGUUGGCUGAUGUCGAACCACCCGUUUGACUUCUAUGCUUGGUGUCCCAGGGCAAAGCAGGUAUGGGCUCAUUACUUUGGUAAGGUUAUGAACGUUGAACUAAGCUUAAACGCCCCAGAACUUUAUGCUGCGCUUGCAAAGUUGAAGUCUCAGGUUCAGAUCAGCAUGAAGUUUAUCAUAUUUCUGAGUAGGCGGCAUUUAUAUACUCCAUACCUCGAUCAAAAGUACAUCCACGAGGCUAGUUGCACUAAAUAUUUUGGUGCCGUCUCAACAGGCUUAACUAAUUCCAGCAAAGAGGCAAUGGUACGAUUACGGAUGGUUUUUCCCGAGCAGGGGUACUGUGAUGUCCGCUACACCCUGUACAUACUGUUAUGA